AUCAUACUCAUCUAGAGAUAAAAAAAAAACAGCCAACAAAAUAAAAAACCGUAUAUCAUUAUGACAAAUUGGGAGGACUUUUACAAUACACAUCUACCCCCAGCAGAUUUUGAGGAUAAUCGUUCAUUAUUGAAAGAAUUUUGUGAGCGACACAAUAAACUACAAAACAGAAUCGUCCUUGUAACAUCAGGUGGUACAACCGUCCCAUUGGAGCACAAUACCGUGCGUUUCGUGGAUAAUUUUAGUGCCGGUACACGUGGCUCCUCCUCAGCCGAAUAUUUCCUCGAUCACAAUUAUGCCGUGAUUUUUAUGCAUCGCCAAAAAUCCCUCGAACCCUUUACCCGCCACUUUACGGGGCAACAGUUCUUCGAUAUGCUCGACAUCACCGACAAUGGCCAAAGUACCUCAAUCACUGUUAAGCCCGAUUCCGUUGAUGUGUUUGCACCCAUCCUGGCCAAAUACAAGCAGGCACGUGAAUCACAAAUGAUUUUAUAUGUCAGCUUUACCAGCGUAGUCGACUAUAUGUGGCUGUUGCGGGCCGCCUGUGAAUGUUUGGCAGCGUUUGAGGAAAGAGCUGUAUUGUAUUUGGCAGCAGCUGUAUCAGAUUUUUACAUUCCCCAAGAUAUGAUGCCCACCCAUAAAAUGCAGUCGGGUGAAGGUGCUCCUACAAUUUCGUUACAAUUAGUGCCAAAAAUGUUGGCACCUUUGGUCAGUCUCUGGGUGCCACAUGCAUUUGUUGUUUCAUUUAAAUUGGAAACAGAUGAAAAUUUAUUGAUUACAAAAGCUCGUGAUAGUUUGAGUAAAUAUAAGCAUAAGUUGGUAAUUGCAAAUAUUUUGCAAACACGUAAACAUCGUGUCGUUUUUGUGACGCCAACAUCAUCCUAUGAAGUUCAUUUAAGUAGAGAACAAGCUCUGCAAGGCCUUGAAAUUGAGGAACCAAUUGUUGCUGAUGUGGUACAAAAACACGGCGAAUUUAUUAAUUCAUGCAUGUCUCGCCAAUGACCAAUGUCAAUGCGACAACAGCGACAGCAGCAACGUCAUCACAUACAAGUGGAUUGUCGCGUGACAACGCCACAUUUCUGUCGUUUAUUAAAUCCAGGACCGGGUAUUGGGCGAAGAUAUUAACUAAAUAAAAAAAGAAAAUAAAAC